AUGAUGUUGGGCAGUAAAGACGAGGAGAAAAAGUACCAAAAUAUUAUUACGGAUAAAUUAAGGGAACUACUAGGUGAAUAUGAAGUGGAUAUAUUAACUGAGUACGUUUGGCACAUGGCUGGGAAUGCCAAAAGUAGUCGAGAGUUUAUAUGCAAUGAAUUGAAGGAUUUUCUGGGAGACCACACCACCGUCUUUGUGAACUGGCUAAUGAAGCUCAUGGGUGAUAUAAAAAAACCAUUAAAGAGUGACAGCUCCCCGAAGAAUGAGAAGUCGUAUAAAUCCGAGAGUGCCAAGGAUAGGCUUCACGGCGAGGCUUCUCGGUCCAACAGGAGCAGAGAAUCCAAAUCAAGACAUUCCGUUACUCAAGGAAGGAGAGCGAAGGAACACCAAAGGGAUUACGAGUCUAGUAGGAGAGACACGUCCAUUACAAGGAGACGAUCCAGAAGUUACAGAAGCAGAAGUAGAAGCAGCAGGUACUCGCUGAACGAUGCAGAUUCGUUUAACAGAAGGAGAAGCAAAAAAAGACAAAGAGGAGGAAUAGGUACAAGAUCGGUAUCAUCCAGCGUGAACGCGAGAAAAUUUCACUACGAUAGUAACCAACCUAGACCCAAGAGAGGUGACAAAGAAAUGGAUCGAAUGAAAGGAAGGGAUGAUAUUAAGUACAGAAGGGUUGGCAGAAGUGGCAGUCACUCGAUGGCCCCGAGUAGAGUGAUCUACGUGGAAAAGGAGGAAGAGAAAAAACUGAGGAAGGUUGAAGCACUGCAGGACGGUGCUCACAAAAGGAAUGAUUUGGAAGGCAGAAGAAUGAGCGACAGCGCGGAUGAGUACAACUCCAGCGAAAAGAAGAAUAAGGCCGUUCUAAAACCCAAUCCUCAGUUCGGAGGAGAUAAACCGAUUCCGUUAUUGCAGCCAUCCGCGACGAGCAUGGCGAAUCACGAUAUGCCCAACUACCACAUGAACUACCCAUACGAAAACGUCGGUGUGCAGCCGAGUUACGAGAAAGGAAUGAACCCUACAGGGGGGAAUUACCAUCCAGGAAAUUACAUGUUAAGUCAGCAGAAGCUUGUUGAUAAUAACACCAUCAGUGGUAACACCUUUAUGCCGCCCACUAUGCUCAAUAAUAGCUUCGUUAAUAAUAGGCACCCGAACAGUGGCCUGCAUCACCCCAAUCGAAUGCACUUUAAUGCGCACAUAAAUAAAAAAGGCCCUCCUCCCCCAGCAAAUUAUGUGAACCCUAAUAGGUAUGCAAACAGUGUAGAUAAAAGGGGCAACAAAUUUUAUCCCCCCUUUUUUACUUAA